AUGCUGGGGUUGAACGCUUCUAAAUCACAAACAAUCCUCAACAAACUCAAAACAACUACAUUUUUGGCGCCUCUCGUCAAAAAUGCAAGUUCUGUUAACGUGGAUCUUGAUCCAGAAUGGGAGAAAAUGGCACAGAAGCAGUUGAAGGGGAAAGAUCCGCACAAACUUAUCUACCCAACUUACGAGGUUUAAUGAAGUGUCUUUUUAACAUAUCAUUAUAGGGAAUUCCAUACAAACCCGUCUAUACCGCCGCUGAUACGGCCAAUCAUAAAGCUGAGUUACCUGGAAAAUUUCCGUUUACUCGCGGUCCUUACCCAACAAUGUACACCCAAAGGCCCUGGACUAUUCGUCAGGUAAAAAAAACGUUAUGCUCUGACGCCUGUAGUAUGCUGGCUUCUCCACAGUCGAGGAGAGCAACAAGUUCUACAAGGACAAUAUCAAAGCGGGCGUUCAGGGCUUGAGCGUUGCGUUUGAUUUGGCAACACACCGCGGUAACUGCUCUUUGCCUCUCAGGUUGAAUUUGUUUUUAAAAACUUGUAUUUUGUUGCGAAAAGUCUUGAUAUGCUGCUGUUCAGUGUGCAGACCAGAUGGACAAGUUGGAACUUGAUAAAGGAUAUUUCCCUCGGCAAGGACAAUACAUAUAGCGUACUUUUAUACAAUGUACAAAUUGCAGCAGUUCCCCGCCUUAGUACUGCACAUAUUUAGUUAAAUGCACCGAGUUUUGAGACAUUCCUUUCUUUGGUCUUUUUCUGGUUCUUAUUUACCUUCUAUCAGCCUUUGGUUUUUUGCGUUUUUCUGGAAUCCAGCAAAGCAAGUCACUAUCGUUACGAUCUUUGAAAAAAGUAUUCUGUGUCUGACCUUUAUCUUCUUUUGUCCAUAGGUUAUGAUUCCGACAACCCUCGAGUCUUCGGUGACGUUGGUAUGGCCGGCGUCGCGAUUGACUCGGUCGAGGACAUGAAGCGUCUUUUUGAGGGUAUCGAGCUGAAGUCAAUCAGCACUUCGAUGACAAUGAACGGCGCUGUCUUGCCGGUUCUUGCUAUGUUUAUCGUGGCUGCCGAGGAGCAGGUUGGUUCUCGGCGUAUAUAAAGCCUCAAAGCAAACGAAAUGUAGUCGUGAUUUACAAAUUAACAAAAUGUGAUCAACUUCAGGGGGGAUCAGCAGUUUUUUUCUAGGUAGAUUUGUAGAGAAGUUUCAUAGACGCGACUAGGGCCGCAAAUGAUAACUCCCGACUGCCAGCAUUAUUUUGUAACUAAUUAUUACCUUAUCGACGAGCUUAGCUUUGAAUUCCGUUUUCAGCGUUUUGUCGUAAGAGCUAACCACUCGCUUUUCCUUUGGUAGGGUGCUUCUCAAAAAGAACUUGCGGGUACAAUUCAAAACGAUAUUCUUAAAGAAUUUAUGGUUCGAAAUACCUACAUCUUCCCUCCUACUCCAUCAAUGCGUAUCAUCGCUGAUAUUUUCGCCUAUACCGCAGCCGUGAGUCGAGUUUUUUGUGGUCAUUCCUUGUGAGAUGACGAGCCUGCAGAGUCACUUACAGCAUUCAGAUUCUACCCCGGCUCAUCCAAGAUUUGUAGCACACUGCACGUUCGUAAUAUAUACCGGUUAUGUAAGGCACUUAUUCCUCUUAUUUCCCUGACAAAUCUCUUCAUUUGACAUCUCACAAUGCACACUACACCUUAACUUACAUGCAUUUUAUUAGGUUUUCUAAAAUUAUUUUGUCUCGAAGGACCAACUACAAACUGAUCACAACAUAUCUAGCAAAGGUGUUAAUUCCAUUUAAAGAGAAAAACCUCAGCAAAAGAUUUUACACUGAGGAGAAGCUGAUGCAAAUAACAUUUCUAAAAUGAACGAUUUUGAAACCACACAUAUAACUGUUAGUAUACUAUUCAGCCUGGAAUUUCCUCUGCUUUAUUUAUUUACAGCAUAUGCCCAAGUUCAACUCAAUUUCUAUUUCCGGCUACCACAUGCAAGAGGCCGGCGCCAACAACGUCCUUGAGAUGGCUUACACUAUCGCUGAUGGUAUUGACUACUGUAGACUGGGCGUUGAACAUGCUGGUCUCAACAUUGAUAAAUUUGCGCCUCGUCUUUCCUUCUUCUGGGGCAUUGGGAUGAACUUCUACAUGGUUUGUCCCUGUCGUCAUUUGAUUUUGUAUAUUAUGAUUGUUUCAACUAAAAUGCACCCUAGUGUGCCUAACAACGUGUUUACAUCUCAUGCACAGGAAAUCGCCAAGAUGCGAGCCGCCCGACGUCUGUGGGCAAAACUCAUCAAGGAGAAGUUCGAUGCUAAAAGCGAAAAGUCUUUACUUCUGCGUACCCAUAGCCAGACAUCCGGUUGGUCUCUUACAGAACAGGUAUGUUACUCCUCUCUGUUCCGCAAAUUAGUAAUAGGUGUAACUGGUGCAUGCCACUCGCUAGCAAAUGAAUUUUCGACUUAUUAACUAGGAUAUGCUUCUCGAAUGGUCUUUGUUAAAUCAGAAGUCUUUGUUUAUAAUUGUGUUCAAAUAAUACUCUCCUAUUUGAUGCAUGCUUUUCACUUUACAGCAGACUGGCCUAACUUUUAUAUCUAAUUUUUUGACAUUUUCUUUAAUAUUUAGCUUUCCGGUGGCGAAAGACCUUCUGCUUUGUGCAAGGCUAAAAUAAACUAGAAUAGAGAAAAGGCAACCAUGAAAUCCGAUGGAGGACAUACUCCGCCUCCGGUCAAAUUACCAGACAGAACCCCUAGACAACAUCGGCUGGCCUUACAUGCCACAGUGUUGCCAUUUUCUGAGAUUCAUUUCAUUAAGUGCCUCAUUUUGCCACUGGUAUUAGCUUGAUUUCAAGUCCACUUACUGACUACUUUGCGCACUGGUUGUAAAGAGUGCAGCGAUUCACUAGCACACUUUGAUUCAGGACAAAGGCAGAAAAAAAUUGAAAGUCUUGAUUACGUUAGUUAAUCUGCUUCCCCUUAUAUUAAGAUCUGCCUUGCAUUUUCUCCUAGGAUCCAUACAACAACAUCGUUCGAACAGCCAUUGAGGCCAUGGCAGCAGUGUUCGGUGGCACCCAAUCACUGCACACCAAUUCCUUUGACGAGGCUCUCGGUCUGCCCACGAAGUUCUCUGCACGUAUUGCUCGAAACACCCAAAUUAUUAUUCAAGAAGAGACUCAUAUUACCCGUGUUGCUGAUCCAUGGGCUGGCUCCUACAUGAUGGAGUCUCUCACCGACCAGUUGGCCGCAGCAGCUCUUAAGGAGAUUGAGGAGGUCAGUGUUGGCUUUUCUCUGCACCUCUAGUUAUAACAAGUCGCAAUAAUUGCUAUUUGGUUAACAUGUAGUCUAAUGGCUUAUCAAUUCUAUCGUCACGCGAAACCUUUUGUUAUUAACAAACUGGUAAGCACAAUACUAAACAAGCAUUUGGGGUUAUUUCUUAUUUUUGACUCAUUCCUCCUGCCAUCUUCUCUUUCUCCUCUUCCUUCACUAUCUCAUCCUCCUCCUACCGAUACCCCUUUCACCAAUAACUUUAAUUUAUUUCUAUUUUUGUCUAAUCCGCCUUAACUGAGUUGCUGGAAAAACAGGUACAGGAGCACUAUAACUUUCUUUUUUGAUAGCUAACAUGAACAUUGGAUUAGUCUGACGCUUGCGCUCUCAUCAACAGUCCCACAGCGUGAUGGAUACAGGGACAGUGACUUGUAUGUGAAUUAGCGUGUAACGAUGGGAGACCUACGUUGCAUCUACCACACUCUCCCGCGCUACCCACCUAAACCCGGUGUCCAGACUAAGUCAUGAAGACCGCAGGUAGGAUCGGGUGUAUUGAUUGCAAAGCUUAACAGUCCGUCUACGACUGUCACAUGCACACACACACCUGGUCCACGCAGAAUUUCGCAGAAACAAGAAAUGGUCGGCUCGGAUUCCAUCUAAGUAGGAGUGUCAUGGAGGCCAACUUAAGAAGUAGCCGUUACGGCCUAACUAUCUGUUCCGAGAAGACCAUGUUACGCCAUAAGUUGGCGGUUAUCCAAGCCACGAAUUUUAGUGCCCCGUGAUAAAUUCAAGCAUCUCAGACAGUUUGCAGUGAUGAAUAUGCGCUUAUUCGAUCUCACUUUUCCUACCCCAUGCGCCAGUGCACUCUGCGAACCGAUCAACCAUCUGAUGCAGAGAUUGGGAGUAAUAGCCCAUCUGCGCGUGCCAUGAAAGACCUGACUUCGCACGCACACACACACACGCACACUAGGUUUUCAUCCAAAAUGAUGGGUGAGUCGGACUUCAUAUACUUGAGAUUGCCAUAGAGACCACUUGGCAAGGAGCCAUUGUGGCCUGACUCUCAACUCACCAGUCGACCGCUUCACACGCGAGGUUGAUUGCAACCUUCUAAGCCAUGACUUUUAGUACGUCAUGAUAGAUUCAAGCCCCUUAACUCUAUUGCAGGGACGAAUGCACUUAGAUGGAUAUGCAGUUUCUAGGGUUGGCCGCACUCUCCCUCUCCUAUCCGCCAGUCGACUGUCUGAGCCUAUCAAUCAGCUGACGAUGGAUUUGGAUGCAGUGGCUGACGCGCCCUGCAUGGCCUGGUCAGGCAUCAGGUGUGCCAAAAUGCACGCUUCUCACUUAAAUAAGGGGUGUUAAUCAUGUGUUUGUGAGGAAUGAUAUCCGGCGGGCUUGUGUGCCAUGUAUAAACAAGUGGAGAGAUGAUUGUCCAUGAGGUUCUAACUGCGGUUUUGCGCUGCCGAUUCUCCUAGAGUCACAUAUGGCCGUGUAAGCCUGAAUGAGAGUGUGCAAUGUCGACAUUUGAGGUGGGUGCGACGGGUGUAUGUUAGUGCUCCUGUAAGCGGUUUACAAGUUUCAGCAUGAUGGACUUACGAGUAACCGACCAGGUCGAUGCGUAGUGUGUUGUGGGUGUGGUCGUAAUGGAAGCAGAUGGGGAUGGAGUUUGCAUUGCUGGCCGUAGGAACGGUGGUGACGCAUGACAUGGCACCAGGUGUGUUCACAUCGAUGGUGGAGGUAGGACUUUUGGCAGUCGUUGUUGUCGCGGGGAUGUGGCAGUGAUUAUAGAGGGUGUGGUGGGCGUCGACAGCGGUGACGGUGGAGAGAAUGCGUACGCACACAGUGACAGGUAGGGGAGAGAUUGCACUGAAGGAGAUUUCUGAGCCAACGUGGUCAAAGAGGACACAAACGGGAGAAAGACAGACACAAAGUGGCCCGGUCUCUAGUCUUGCCGAAUAAAGCAUAACGGGUGGAAAUGAUGCGGGGACGUUGUUAAAGACAACGUCCUGGGAAGUUCGAAAAGUGUCGGUGAAGUUGAUCGCAGUUGAGGGUGGCAUCCAGGUGACAUUCUGGGCAGACCUUUAAUCUCAAGGACUCCAGAGGUCUGCCGCUGCAAUUUUUAGGAGACUGUGUUAGUCUGUAGGCGGAAGGAUGUCCCAAAUCCUCGGUGCAUGCUCGACACUUGGAUGAUUAAUUUGCGUCCACCUAAGCAUGACCCAUAGCACGUUGCGUUACUUUCCGUCCAUUUUUAAUUUUUGUUAAGUGUACGGUAGCACCCGAACGCUGACCUUCUCGGGGAUCUUCAUCCAUUACCUCACUGUCUUUCUCAAUUGAAAAUAGGUCGAGGCAAUGGGCGGCAUGACCAAGGCUCUCGAAGCUGGCAUUCCGAAACUUCGCAUUGAAGAAUGCUCCGCCAAGCGGCAGGCAGCUAUUGACUCCGGUGAUGGUAUGUCUAUACUUUAUAUAAGCUUGAAUAAACACAUCUGGUACCCUCCUUAUAUGAAUAAUUUAAAUAUUGUUUCGGUAACCUCCUCUCGCUUAACAUCUUCUGUUAUCUUCACCUCGGCGCUCUCAGAGGUCAUCGUCGGAGUGAACAAGUACCGCCUGGAGAAGGAGGAAAGAGUGGACGUUUUGGUUGUCGAUAACACGAAGGUCCGUGAAUCUCAGAUUGCCAAACUCAAAGCGCUUCGCAGCUCACGUGACCCGAAGAAGGUAAGUUUACUCUGGCGAUGUUUUUGUGUCUAACGCGCUGGUCAGCUGCUCCAUCUCGUGCAACCUAAUCAAUUCACUCCUGGUUGACAAAGGGGUUGUGAAUAUAAUCUCAUCAGCUCUAUCGCAAACCUGAUUCCCUUGUCCGACGCUCAACGUGUUCAUGAUCAAGAUCAAACCGAAGUGCCUUAAAGGCCUCCUAAUCUACAGCUCGUCUGAUUCGCUUCGUUUACUAUCUUACUUUUAACAUUUUAUGACUGCCCUAAAGUGAGGCCACGGCUCAGUUUUUUACCAAGCACCUUCUUUUCUGAUGCUGGGAUCAUUUUGACUUCUGGCACCUACCUGAAUAAAACCACACAUGUAUACGUAGGCACAGAUGUAUGCCUGUAUAGACAAGGGUGUUGGUGUUCUAGAGGGGAGAAGAAAACCGAAGUUGCAUCGAAGAACGAUACAGGUGCGGACAGCGAUCACCAGCAUUUAAAAGUUCUCCCCCGUCGGGCUGGCAUGGCAGAAAUCGUGAAGGUAGAUGUCGACCCGUCAUCCUGUCCGGUCUUAGAGCCUUUAGACCUUAGUCUGCAAAUUAUGGGCCACCAGUGCGAUUCUCACCCUUCAAACACCAUAGGGCGUAAUUCAGUAGCCGCCCCCUGAUACUGAAAGCUUGUCUGCAUUUAAAACGUCAGGACAGCCCGAGCAUAGUUUGUGAGAUCGCCUUUUCGUUAUAUUUAUGUAUUGAAAGAUGGGCAUCCCAAGAUGCUUAAUUUGAAUGUAAUAUGUCGUUUGGAAAAUGUAACAAACUUUAUUUCGUGAAUUUUCUACACUAGUUCCCCAGACGUACGGCAAAUGUGCAAGACAGUCAAAAUUUUAAAAGUGCCUAAAAAUCGAUACUGCCCUUAAAUUCCUGUCAAUAAGUCGUGGUUGUGGUUAGGCAUCCCAUGCUCGUAUAUAUGGAUAUAGGCGAAAAUGCGGACCCCAGGUGUUGGGAUGGAAGAAGGUGAAGAGAUCUCUGGGGAGGAUGGUUUAUUCAUCUGACGUUUCACACUUAUACUUGGGCGCAUCAUCGGAGAUAGGAAAGCGGGCCUCCCAAGAAAUGUAAUUUGAAAUGGGCCAGAUUCUUUGGGGACAAAAUAACCUCUAUUGUGUAAAUUUUUGAGAAUGGUUCCCCCGCUCAUCUUCAGACUUCUGGGUUAUGUACAAAAACAGUUAUCUGUUUAACCGUGUCGAGCAAGUGUUUCUGUGGUUGCCCGAAGCCCGCGGAAACGCUAGUCGAUCGUAUUUUGUCAUCCCCUCGGCAAUGGCUGCGCUCGCUUCCAUCUUUCCUUGAGAAAUUUGUACGUGGCAUCUAAGUGGGAAUGUCAAUAUCGAGCUGGGAAGCCAGUCUCGAAGAAGUACGCAAUAAAGUUACUUCCGUUCUCAAAGAAUCUUACCUAUUUCAAAUACAUAUAUAUGAACCAGUCAUACCUAAACUCCAGGUCUGGAUAAGUUGUGGUUCGAAACAACACUGUUUGAUCAUUGCGCUUCAAGUAAAACGUUGCACCAUUAAGUUGUGGAUUCGCCGUUCUCUCAAAUAAUCACUCCCAUAGAAAUACGAACUUAUCGGAGGGACUGGGGAACAGUCUUCAUUAGCAGUCACAGUUGCACAUUAAUGGGGUUUCUCUAUUCGAAACAGUCCAUGGGGGCAAUGCGAUUGACACUCCGGAUACCUAUGCUGUGAAUUUAUGCAUCAACCAUUUACCACCGUCUCAUUUCAGGCCAAGGCUGCUCUGGAGGCCAUCACUGCAGCCUGCGCCAGUGAUGACAGGAGCCUCAACCUGCUGAAGCUGAGCAUUGACGCCGCCCGAGCCCGCUGCACUGUGGGUGAGAUUACUGACGCCAUGUCAGCUGUAUUUGGUCGCCACAAGGCGAAUGACCGUCUCGUCUCGGGGGCCUACAAGUCAGGCUAUCGUUCUGGCGAUGAACUCAAAAAACUUUCGGAAAAGAUCGAGGUAGAUAUUAGCUUUUUGAUUUUUUUCUUACCUAACGCCCUUUAUGCUUAUCUUCUAAAUCGGCCUGACACUUCACGCCUCUAGGCCUUCGCCGCUGCCGAGGGUCGUCGACCUCGUAUACUUGUGGCUAAGGUGGGUCAGGAUGGGCACGAUCGUGGAGCCAAAGUCGUUGCCUCCGGUUUCUCCGAUCUUGGCUACGACGUUGACGUUGGACCCCUGUUUGCUGUAAGCCUUCCUAACAAUCUAUUUGUCCUUACUCAUUGUUGUCAUACUUACAUGUUCUUCUAUGGCUUCUGUUUGACUCGAAUUUCUGCCGUUUCCUUUUGUUGACAGUGGGAAUACCGUUAGUCCUGACAGUGAACCUCCCUUAAUAUUGAGCAACUACAAUUCCAAACUCUCGGUCGUUUCUGCACAUGUCCUGUGCUAUUCAGGGUAACAGGCACUUUGCAGAAGGAGAUGCGAUUGCUGGGAGAAGAGCUUUAUCUGCGAAUGUCUCUGAUGAUGGAUUCGAGUGAGAAUCCGAAACGUCAGGCCAAUAAAUUUCUUGUUCCAGUGAUCGCAUCUUCGUCUUCUGAACAAGAGCUUUAUUAGCCUGACGUUUCGGAUUCCUGCUCGAACCCAUCAUCAAAGACAAAUGCAGGCACCCUAUUUUUUACGGUUCGAGCGAAAUGACCGCAGCGUCCUCGGGUAGAGUUUUGUCAGGUUUGCUCAACCAGUUGCCCGAGUGGAACUCAUUAAAAUAACUUCAACAGGUACUCCUCGACUUGUAUCAUCCUACAUCACUUCCUUACUGCUUACGUCCUAAUGCCUUACGGUGGCGAAGACUACGAUAUGACGACCGGGAGAAAAAGAAGGAGCUUAACGAGGCGAAAUGGAAGUAAAGGCAGGAAUGCUGUAGAAAUCUGUCACCUUAGGGAGACUUCAGUAGGUGAAACACACCUUAGGUCCAAAAAUAUGACUUCGUCGUCAUUGCGCAUAAUCGGUGUUCGCCCAUUUGGCGCAACUGCCAGAAGGGAUAUAUGCAUUUCAUUUCACCUUGAGUCUUCGGCUCAGAACCCUUACAAGCUGUAACAGAUUUAAGAACAAUUGAUAAUUGCGGAGGAUCACCAACAAGAGCGGGCUGGAGAGGGGUCAUUUUUGAUUUAUUUGCCGCCAUCAUUCAACUCGGGCAUCGGACGCUGCCGACGCCCACACGCUCAAAUACAAAGCCAGGAAUGACCGCUCCAGCCUCUGUUAUCUUUUCUGGUGACAUAUCUCAAUAUUUUGGUGUCAUUGGAAGUAUUUUACUAUAUUUUAGUCCCCGCCCGUCACCAGGGUAAUUACUGAUUGGCUCGUCAAGACAGCAAGUGUACAGAUUUCUAUGGGAGUUGUUUGUCUUCCAAUACCAAGCAAUCGAGCAAAUUUGAACUUCUAACUUUCUAUUCAAAUUGAGCGUAUUUUCUGCCACCACCAGCGGACAUUUUGAGAGUGUGAACCGAGAGAUUAAAACGUGCUUCGAACUUCACGAGCUCAGCGUGCAGAGCUUCUGGGGUCAAUUAUCUCGUCGGAAUUAAUUUUCCGCUGAGCUUCUUUUUAUUUUUGGGCUUGUUCGACGAAAUUGACUUCAGAAACGACUAAUAUUCCCCUGGUUCGAUAAUCGACCACGCGAUCUCCUCCUGCAGCAAUCUCUAGCAACACCAUAAGAAAUUGUUUACACUCUCAUCCCCAGUUUACCAGACUGAGGUCAGAGCCUGACCUUCUAGUUUCGCAGUUCUUGUGAUAUAAUUUCGAGAGAAAAAAGUUGCGACCGCCACUCAUGGGGUCAAUUUUUUACGUGCGAAUUGCUGCAAACUGUCCUCCAACUUUUCACCAGUUCAUGCUAAUGCAUCAUUGUCAGUGGCAAGGGAGGAUAACUCGCUGGAUUUGUCCUCACCCAAAGCCGGGAGGAAUCGUGAUGGCGUCGUUUCCCAUGGGCGGACAGGUCACGGGCAUUUGCUGAGCAGACUUACUGCUAAGACCAAGAUGGCGAUGAGGAUUUUUUCCGAUGGUCGAGUAAUUAAAACCAGGUAAUUGCUGCAGCUGGCGGUGCAUUAUUUCCGGCUCUUCACUCACUGCUUUCUCGAUAGCGACCAUGUUUGCUUGUUAGUAGUCACGCCCUUUGCCUGGAGCGUCCACGAGUCAAAAUCUCCAGCCUUAAAGUACAAAAAUCACCUACAUCGUCGCCUGAUCCGGAAUAAUUUGCUGAUAGCUUAUUAAGUUCUUCAAGGCAGGCUGAGGCUCUACCAUCGCUAUCAACUCUGUGCCGAAGGAUCCGCCGCAGGCCAACCUCCUUGCGGGCGGAAGUCGUUGGCGACCUGAGAUUUCUUAAACUGUUUCCGUCUGAAGGGGACUCAGUUAUUCCUUGGGAUGCUGCCAGUUGCUGCUCCUACAACUCUAGAGCUACAAAUUCACAGGAUUUUCCCACCAUCCCAUUCAUGUUCAUCAUGCUCGACUUUCAGCGAGCCCGACCUUAUCAAGAGAGGUCCCGUCCGCGUAAAAAAUUCUUGUAACGACAAAUUUUGUUCAUAUACCUUUCAUCCGUCUUCGUUCGCUCCCUAUAGACUCCUGAAGAAGCCGCUCAGCAGGCCGUGGAUGCUGAUGUCCACGCUGUUGGUAUAAGCUCCCUGGCUGCCGGCCACAAAACUCUCGUCCCAGCAUUAGUCAAGGCCCUGAAGGAACAUGGUCGUAGGUGAGCACCACGUCUUAUUUCUACCGGAUUCCAGGUUUUUUGAAACUGACUUUCCCGCUUUUUGUGGGUCUUUUUAAGUAUUUUGACUUUUUCCUAGUCACAUUAUUGAUCGUAUUCGAAACAGUGCAACCUGAUAUAUUUUAGCGUUUGUCCAUAUCUAAUUACCAGCCUGUCUCCAUGCGGUCGUUUAGUGGUCCAUAUCUACAAAUUUCCGUUUACAAUUUAUAGGGUCGUUUAUUGCGCCCAACCGGGAAAUCUGCUCCUACUCUAAUACCAGCCAACUGUAAUGAGGCCUAACCCUUUAUCCCGGCAAUUCGAUCAUCGCUAACGAUGACAUCCGCUGUGUACGCUAGAGAGUAAUCGGCACAGGACGGUGACUUGAUACAUCAAUUGGUUUAUGGUGAAACAGACUUGCGCAGUAUCUACCGCAAUCUCCCCUUCCCGGAGCGGUAUAGACAGGGACCCCACUUAACUCUCAGUAGACGGGAUUUAUGGUAAAGGGAGCUUUAUGGGUGGGGCAGCACGCUAGACAGUAAGCUGAUGAAAUGAAAUAAAACACUAAAAUUGCACGAAUUUAUGCCAAAAGUCUUACCCUACGCUAUUGCACGACAUCGGAAAAGAGAGUAGUAAUUAAACAGUAAAACAAAAAGUCGAUUUCCUGGCUUACGUUUUUCCCCCUAAGCAUUCAACGAGAAGGUCCUGCCAAGUCAGCCUGACUGGUGACCCCGUCGCACAGAGCGGUCAUCUCCCAGCCACCUGAAAAUGACUGCCGUUGCGAGCUUUCGCCUACCAGGAGUAACCUGAGACGAACAUGGUAAACAGGGGUAUGCAGAGAGCCGUCUUUGUUAAAGGUGUUGGUUAGCAUGUCCCGCACACUGUAUGGGGGCCUUACGCCCUCUCAACCACCGCGCUCAAUCUUACCUUCAACUGCCUUGACUGGAACUUGUCGCUGGUGUAGGAGAUGGAGGAAGGAAUGGGGUCAUUCCAGCGUCUCACAGCAGUGGAAGUGUGAUGGUCGCGAUAGCUCGCUGGGUAAUCUUUGCAGUCUUCACGUCCACACUGGACUCCCAAUGGCAGCGCUUUCUGCCACCCUGGUCUAUCGACAGCAGUUUCUUUUUCGAAACUUAAUGUCGGCCAAUCCUAAGGGGUAUAUUAAAUGUUUGAUUGGAUUGAUGUUGUUCUACCGUGUUAGCUCGAGGACCACUAUUGCCCCCCUAGGUCCAUGGGCUGCCUUGCCUGAGAGUGCCAUAAAAGCCACCUCUAGAAGGAGCCAAUGCAACCUCUCUCCCAGGCCGUAGUGGACCCAAGUUAUCCCGACAGCUGGAAACUUACAAGCCACGACUGUUGGCAUAUCUCGGUAGUUUAAAUGUGGGUUUUUUGUUGACUGAUUGGCAUGGCACGAAACCACCUCCGUUUUCCGCACACACAGCUUAGCGAGGAGCUGAAAUAAGCGGAGACGCGCAUACUCACAGGAUAUUUUUAGCAUCGCGUGAUUGUCGUAUGAGUGAAAACCCCUGUCUUGUGGAUUAUCGAUAUGCUUAUACAUUUGGUCGAGUGCCUCUUUGCGCCUUCCUAUUUGGUCAUAUGCGAAUAUACGACAAUGGCGACUAAAACAACGCGACAAAGCCACCCACCUACAGCAUCCAUCGGAGUUUAACUUUAUUCAACUGCGUAUACGUCUUUUUGUUCACUCACUACCCGCAUUCUGUCGUGUGCCUUAUUAACUCUUGUGUUUUCAACUCGAUACGAAGUCGCAAUAUUCUCCUCUGAUAAUUGAGGCGGCCGCCUGGUUAGGCUAAAGUGUUUCGAUCCUGGUGUGUUCUGAUUGGCCACUUUCUGAAAUUUCCCUCUCUCCUCCAGUGACAUCCUCGUCUUCGUGGGCGGUGUGAUUCCGCCGCAGGAUUACGACUUCCUGUAUCAGAGCGGCGCAUCCCUGGUCUUCGGUCCCGGCACCCGUAUCCCCGAUGCUGCAGGCAAGGUCCUCGAGGCCGUUCAGAAAAAGCGCGCCAAGGCCUGUUAA